AUGUCUGAAACACCACAACAAGAGCAACAAGAGAAACCACAAUCAAGACGUAAUUCAUUUGCCGUGAUUGAAUUUACUCCAGAAGUCCUAGAUAGAUGUUUGAAGCAAGUGGAGUUCUACUUUUCUGAAUUCAACUUUCCAUAUGACAGGUUCUUGCGCACAACUGCGGAAAAAAACGACGGCUGGGUCCCUAUUAGCACCAUCGCCACAUUCAAUCGUAUGAAGAAAUAUAGACCAGUGGAUAAGGUUAUCGAAGCAUUACGUAGUUCUGAAAUUUUGGAGGUAUCUGCUGACGGGGAGAACGUCAAGAGACGUGUUCCAUUGGACCUUACUGCUGCCAGAAAUGCUAGAAUUGAGCAAAACCAAAGAACUUUGGCUGUAAUGAAUUUCCCACAUGAGGACGUUGAAGCUUCUCAAAUUCCUGAAUUACAGGAGAGCUUGGAAGCCUUUUUCAAAAAAUUAGGUGAAAUCAAUCAAGUGCGUUUGAGAAGAGAUCACAAAAACAAGAAAUUUAAUGGUACGGUCUUGGUGGAAUUUAAGACAAUUCCAGAAUGUGAAGCUUUUUUGAAGUCAUAUUCUAAUGACGAUGAGUCCAACGAAAUUUUGUCCUACGAAGGUAAGAAACUGAGUGUUUUAACGAAGAAACAGUUUGACUUACAAAGGGAAGCCUCGAAAUCCAAAAACUUUAGUGGUAGAUCAAGAUCCUUUAACAGUCACAAAAAGAAAAACUUGCCUAAAUUUUCCAAAAACAAGAAGAAAAACGACAAGGAAGAAUCCAAAGAGGACUCCUCUGCCAUUGCCGAUGACGAUGAGGAGCACAAGGAAUGA